AUAGGAACUCGUCUGACUAAAGAACUGUCAAUGUGCAAGUGACCAGAACUGAAUUUAAAAAGAGGGUGUGAUGUGAUUGUCAGUCAUUGCUGUGGCCACUUUGAAGGGCUGCUUCACCUUCAAGAGUGAAGAAGACUCCACCAUGGUUCCCUGUGGACCAGCCUUGACAUUUGCCCGAUGUAUACUUCGAAGAAAAAUUGUAACUCUGGACAGUCUUGAGGACUCAAAGUUAUGUCGCUGCCUUUCAACAGUAGACCUCGUUGCUCUCGGAGUUGGGAGCACUCUUGGAGCUGGAGUAUAUGUCCUUGCAGGGGAAGUAGCCAAAGCAAAUUCUGGACCUAGUAUUGUAAUUUCAUUUCUAAUUGCCGCCUUAGCCUCUGUAAUGGCUGGACUUUGCUAUGCUGAAUUUGGAGCCCGUGUGCCAAAGACUGGAUCAGCAUACUUGUAUACAUAUGUUACUGUUGGAGAACUGUGGGCUUUUAUCACUGGUUGGAACCUCAUCUUGUCCUAUGUAAUAGGUACAUCAAGUGUAGCAAGAGCCUGGAGUGGCACAUUUGAUGAACUUCUUGGGAAGCGUAUUGGUCAGUUCUUCAGUACCUACUUCAGGAUGAACUCACCUGGACUGGCUGAAUAUCCAGACAUCUUUGCAGUUUUCUUAAUUCUCCUCUUAUCUGGUCUGCUCUCCUUCGGAGUAAAGGAAUCAGCGUGGGUGAACAAGGUGUUCACAGCGGUGAAUGUUCUGGUGCUCCUGUUCGUCAUGAUCGCUGGAUUUGUGAAAGGCAACCUGCAAAACUGGAAGAUCACCGAAUCCUUUUUACAAAACAUCUCUGCUACAGACGAAAACUCUGUGUCCCAUGCUAAUGUGACAAGUUUAUAUGGAGCUGGAGGCUUUAUGCCAUAUGGACUGACAGGGACGCUGGCUGGCGCUGCUACGUGCUUCUACGCCUUUGUUGGAUUUGAUUGCAUUGCUACAACUGGGGAAGAAGUCCGAAAUCCACAGAGAGCAAUACCCAUUGGGAUUGUUGCCUCCCUACUAAUAUGUUUUAUGGCAUAUUUUGGAGUGUCGGCUGCGCUGACUCUUAUGAUGCCGUAUUACAAGUUAGAUGAGAAAAGUCCGCUUCCCGUCGCAUUUGAGUAUGUUGGAUGGGGUCCUGCAAAAUACGUUGUGGCUGUCGGCUCUCUCUGUGCCCUUUCUACAAGUCUUCUCGGAUCCAUAUUCCCAAUGCCUCGUGUAAUCUAUGCAAUGGCCGAAGAUGGUUUGCUUUUCAAAUCUCUAGCUAAGAUCAGUCCCAGGACGAAGACUCCGGUUAUUGCCACACUGAUGUCCGGUGCCGUGGCAGCUGUUAUGGCAUUUCUGUUUGAUCUAAAGGCCCUUGUUGACAUGAUGUCCAUUGGUACCCUUCUUGCAUACUCAUUGGUCGCAGCUUGUGUUCUCAUCCUCAGAUACCAACCUGGUUUAGGUUAUGAGAUGCCAAAAGAUAAUGCUGAGAAAGAAAUGUUGUCGUCCUCUGAAGGAGAGUCAAUGAUGAACGAGUCACAAAUCAGUAUCCUGCAAGACAAGAGCUCCAGUUUCCAUAGGCUGAUAAAUCCACCUAGUGAACCAACCGAACAGUCUGCCUCCCUAGUUAGCAGCCUAGUGGGAUUGCUAGCUUUCAUCAUUUGUGCACUGAGUGUUCUUGCAACAUAUGGUGUCCAGGCAAUUGCUGACAUGGAGGUGUGGAGUAUCGCCCUGCUGAUUUUGUUUAUUUUACUCAUCUGCCUGAUUGUCCUGAUCAUUUGGCAACAGCCUCAAAACAAGCAUAAAAUUGCCUUCAUGGUACCGUUUCUACCAGUUCUUCCCGUUUUCAGCGUCUUGGUCAACGUUUACUUGAUGGUGCAGUUGAGCGGGGACACGUGGAUAAGAUUUAGUAUAUGGAUGGUGAUCGGUUUCUUGAUAUACUUUGCAUACGGCAUCAGAAACAGCGUGGAAGGAAAACCCAAGGCAGCUGGGGAUGAAGAAGAUGACGAGGAUUCAGACGGCAGCCCCACGGAGGAAAAAACAGGGAAAGAAAAUGAAGAAGAAAAUGCCAAGGAAAGCGACCAUUUUAUUUUGCAUGAAAGGACAAGUGAAUGCUGAUCUGAACUGUCUCUAGAAGAUGCUUUUAAGAUGCAUCAUUGAAGCAGCAGAUUAUCCGGCUGUAGGAUAUGUAUCUCAUGCAGGUAUAUGAACUGCUCAAAAAAACGAAAUGCUGGAGCAACUGCAGAGUAGCAAGAAAUGCCAUUGUAUAACUGACUGUGGUCACCCUUUGUGCAACUACAGUAUGGACAGUAACACACGCUAUUGCUGCUAACCUACUUAACUAGUUCUUACAUAAUAAUCCCUUUUAACAACUCUUUUUUCACUGCCACUCUUACAUGUGAUGGUAUUGUAUUGUGUCCUUCACCUUUCUUCCAAAUCCACACUUAGAGCGAUAUUAUUACUAUCCUUAAUAUAUAUGUAGUGCUGUCAUUUCCCAUGGUGAUAUGAGUGUUCAUAUACAUCUGUCCAUGACCGUGGAGCUCACUAUCAAUGUGCUCACUGCUACAGGCACAAGCACACACUCACAAGGGUUCAUUUCUUCAAUAGCCAACCUACAAGAAUGUUUCUUGGUCUGUGAGAAGAAAGUGGAAUACUUGGAAGAGCCCAAACUGUCACAGAGAAAUAUGUAAACUCCAUGCAGGUAGUGGAAAUCAAGCAGGGAUUUAUGUUCCCCUCUCUCCUGCCAGUUGGCUGCUUUACUCUUUUGCAUUGUCGUAGAACCCUGUUCUCAAACUGCCACGUUCUUGAUCAAGGAAAAAUACUGUUUAAUUGUUGUUAUUGUGAAAGGCCAUUGGAAAAGACAAACCAGCUACCAUUUUAUUCAUACUGUAAAUAGGGGCUUAUUUAUGAACACAGAUGCUUAAUCGCGUGAGAAGUAGCAACCAAACAGCAGGUCUUUUUUAACAGUCUAGGGCAAGUUGUAUAACAAAUGAAAGCAAAGUAUUUAUUAUAUAUAGGUAUGCUCAAGAAGGUGGCACUCCAGUUAAAAAGAAUGUUGGUUUAUUGCAGCAGGUCACAAACUCACAUCACCU